UCUAUUUAAGUCUCACUGUGGCAGAGAGGGAGGACAACAGGCACGAGAGAAAUAUUCUCCUCAGUCCUUCUCACCAUCACUUUCUUUCUGCAUCCACAAGAUCAACACAAAGGGGGUGAACUGAGACAGACAGGAUGCCUGCGAAACUACAAGAGAGUAAACCUAAAAUCUCUGCAUCUCGCAAGCUCAUGCUCAAGAGCCUGAUGGUAGCCAAGGCAACCGAGCAGCUGGAGCAUGAGAUGGUGAAAAAAGAGGAGCAGAAAGAAAAGUACCUUGACGAAAAAGCUCCUCCACUACAGACCAGCGGCAUGUCCUUAGCAGAACUUCGGACGUUGUGUGAGGAGUUACAUGCCAAAAUAGAUGUGGUUGAUGAGGAGCGAUAUGACAUCGAAGCCAAAGUCUUACACAACACCACAGAGAUCAAAGAUCUAAACAUCAAAGUACUGGACCUGAGAGGGAAGUUCAAGAGACCUCCCCUGAGAAGAGUGCGGGUCUCUGCUGACGCCAUCCUGCGCUCGCUGCUGGGUUCCAAACAUAAAGGCUCUAUGGAUUUCAAGGCCAAUCUCAAAUCAGUGAAGAAGGAUGACACAGAGAAGGAGAAAACAGUGGAAGUGAGCGACUGGAGGAAGAACGUGGAAGCGAUGUCUGGCAUGGAGGGUCGCAAGAAGAUGUUUGAUGCAGCAAAAGGCUCCAACCAGUAAAUGCGUUAUUAAACAACAAUUGUUUUACGCCAAACACCGUCGAUCACAACCCAAAGAAUGUUAAAUGCAGCAUGAAGUGCAAACACAAAAACAUCUUACUGCUUAUCAUCUACUACAAUCAGCAACAGGUUUGUCGUCAUGUCCCACAACAGCUUGUAGUCAAGGUUCUUGAAAUGGAGCAAUAUCUCCACCUGGUGGACGAGGCACAGUAGAAUAUCAGCGAGAGCUCUAGUCAUUUAGAUUUAAAGAUAUUUUUGGGGCAUGUGCUUCUUUUCAUUAUUCAGCUUUCAUUGUCAUUAAAAUAAAAAAGGAAUGCUUUUUGUCUGUU